CGCAGCCCAGCACUCCGCUGUGACGGUUCAACUUCUCUGUGUUCCUCCUCCCAGAAUCUACCCAGAGAAACAGUAAAACCAGCAGCUGGAGCCCACGCGGGACUUUAUUGGAAGCGCGCGCUCCUUUGCUUUUUAAUGAUCACACCUGAAAAGGAUAAAAUUCUUUUUCUGUUUUUAAAAUCUGCUUUCGUGAUUCGGACCAGGGCUCCUUUCAGGAUUAAAGGGGAGCAGAUGAAGAGCUAAAGCCGCUCCAGGAGAAUUAAGAAGUUGGGGAGAUGCUGGAGGAAGCGGAGCAGGCGGAGUGAGGGAGCCCGGUGCGCACUUUCUCCUCCCCGGCUGGACUGAAGCGCUACAGUCCGCUCCUCUUUGCGCUGCUGGAGGCGCGCGCAGGGGACACUUGCUCAUUCAUCUCAGCUACAUCAUCACUUUCCCUGGAUUAACAAAACAAGCGAAGAAGAGCUCAGAGAUUUCACUCCACGCACUCCGCGGAGUUUUCCUGUGUGGAUGGGGUUCGAGCGGCGCGGCGGGGAUGGUGUGAAAUAAAGCAGCAGUUUUUUAAACGCAGGAGUUUCACAUCUGGUAUACUGGGCCAGUCAGCAGCAGGAUCAGGAUGAGAAGAUGGCUGGCUGUGUGUUUCCAAUGGGACCAGAGAGCUUUCAGCGCUUCACGCCGGACUCCCUGGCGGCCAUCGAGCAGCGCAUCGCCCAGGAGGAGGCCCGACGCAACAAACACUACCAGGAGGACCUGGGCGACGUGGAGCUCCUCCGGCCCCGGCCCGAUCUGGAGGCAGGAAAACAGCUGCCACGCAUCUUCGCUGACAUCCCAUCUCAUCUGGUGGGCGUUCCACUGGAAGACAUCGACCCAUACUACUUCAAAGACAAGAGGACGUUCAUAGUCCUGAACAAAGGGAAGGCCAUCUUCCGUUUCAGUGCCACAUCUGCCCUCUACAUCUUCAGCCCCUUCCACCCUAUCCGGAGACUCGCCAUCAAGAUCCUCGUGCACUCGUUAUUCAGCUUGUUCAUCAUGUGCACCAUCCUGACAAACUGUUGCUUCAUGGCCAUGUCCGAGCCGGAGUACUGGGCCAAAUACCUGGAGUACACCUUCACAGGUAUCUACACGUUUGAGUCUCUCAUUAAGAUCCUGGCCAGAGGUUUCUGUGUGGGACCGUUCACCUUCCUGAGGGACCCCUGGAACUGGCUCGACUUCAGCGUCAUUGUCAUGGCAUAUGUGACUGAGUUUGUGGACCUGGGUAAUGUGUCAGCCUUAAGGACGUUCAGGGUGCUGCGAGCGCUCAAAACCAUCUCUGUCAUCCCAGGACUGAAGACCAUCGUUGGGGCUUUAAUCCAGUCGGUGAAGAAGCUCGCUGACGUGAUGAUCCUCACGGUCUUCUGCCUCAGUGUCUUUGCACUUAUUGGCCUGCAGCUCUUCAUGGGAAAUUUGCGGCAGAAGUGUGUGCGGAGCACGGCACACUGCUUCAAUGACACCUUGCCAGCCAACACCUCCUUCUACUGCAACAACAAGACCUGGGCCUCAAUCAAAGACUUCACCGAAGAUGAAGACAACUUCUACAAGGUGGAGGGAGCCAAGGAUGCCUUAAUCUGUGGGAACAGCAGCGACGCAGGAAAGUGUCCGGACGGGUUUGUCUGUCUGAAGGCAGGAAGAAACCCCAACUAUGGCUACACCAGCUUUGACACCUUUGGGUGGGCCUUUCUGUCCCUGUUUCGUCUGAUGACGCAAGACUACUGGGAAAACCUCUACCACCAGACGCUGCGUUCGGCCGGUAAGACCUACAUGGUGUUUUUCGUGGUGGUGAUUUUCCUGGGCUCCUUCUACCUGGUCAACCUCAUCUUGGCCGUCGUCGCCAUGGCGUACGAGGAGCAGAACCAGGCGACCAUCGCCGAGGCCUGCCAGAAAGAGCGGGAGUUUCAGCAAGCUAUGGAGAUACUGAAGAAAGAGCAACAGGGUGCCACCCAAAAAGCUACCGACUCUGACUCGUUGAUGUCACCAGACCUCUCUCCUUUCGGCCAACCAAUGGACAGCUUUGAGGAGCGAAGGCGGAGCCAGGCGCUAAUGGGCGUGGGGGACGUGGAGGCGAACCUAUCUGAGGAGAAGCUUCUGCAGGUGGACUUGACUGAUGGUGGAAAGCCGCUCCACCCACUCCUCGCACGCUCCUUUUCCACAAGGACGCGGAGAAGCAGUCAGGUCUCCUCCAUCUUCAACUUCCGACUGAGGAGCCGAGGGUCGGAGGGAGAGAUGGCCGAUGACGAGUACAGCGUACCGGGCGACGUGGUGGAGGGCGUCGGUAGUCGAACCUACAGCGGAGGAACCUUCAGCGGCAUCCUGCCCCAACCGUGGCCCAAACGGAGGCCGAGCACCUACAGCACGGCCAGCCGGAGCUCCCAGGUUUUUUAUCCGACUCUAAACAUCAACGGGAAGCUGUUUGUUGCCAUGGACCAGAACGGGGUUUCCCCACCGCCACUGCAGGGGCAGCUGCCUGCUUGCACCAUGGAGAAGGUCAAGGAGGAGAGUGUUCCCACGUCCACCACAGAGCUCAGCACGAUGCUACUUCCUCGGCCUUCGUCCAUGCAGGACUCGGAGCGCAGGGGCAGGGCAAUGAGUGCUGCCAGCUACCUCACCGACGUCAUGGAAGAACUGGAGGAAUCCCAUAAGAAGUGUCACCCCUGCUGGUACACGUUUGCCCACCAUUACUUGGUUUGGGAGUGCUGCCCUAUGUGGCUUAAGGUGAAGCAGCUGGUGAAGAUCAUGGUGAUGGACCCUUUCCUGGACCUCGCCAUCACCGUCUGCAUCGUCCUCAACACGCUCUUCAUGGCCAUGGAGCACUACCCCAUGACUGAUGAGUUCAAUGGCAUGCUCACCAUCGGGAACCUGGUGUUCUCCGGCAUCUUCACAGCAGAGAUGGUGUUGAAGAUCAUCGCUCUGGAUCCAUACUACUACUUCCAGACGGGCUGGAACAUCUUCGACAGCAUCAUUGUCUGCCUCAGCCUCAUGGAGCUCGGCCUGUCCGAUGUGGAGGGGCUCAGCGUGUUGCGCUCCUUCAGGCUGCUUCGUGUUUUUAAGCUUGCUCGCUCAUGGCCAACUCUCAACACGCUGAUAAAGAUCAUCGGGAACUCUAUGGGCGCUCUGGGCAACCUGACGCUCGUCCUCGCCAUCAUCGUCUUCAUCUUUGCUGUGGUCGGCAUGCAACUGUUUGGGAAAAACUACCAGGAAUGUGUGUGUAAGAUCUCCAAGGACUGCACUCUUCCUCGUUGGCACAUGAAGGACUUCUUCCACUCGUUCCUCAUCGUCUUCAGGGUGCUGUGCGGCGAGUGGAUAGAGACCAUGUGGGACUGCAUGGAGGUCGCAGGGCAGCCGCUCUGCAUCCUCGUCUUCAUGCUGGUCAUGGUCAUCGGAAACCUGGUGCUGUUGAACCUCUUCCUGGCUCUGCUCCUCAGCAGUUUCAGCUCUGACAACCUCUCGGCUCCAGACGACGACGGGGAGAUGAACAACCUGCAUAUCGCUAUUCACAGGAUCACCCGGGGCCUGGCCUGGUGCCGCAGACAGGUGGUGGAUUUUUUUAAUGGGAACCUGAAGCGUCGUCGUCAGAAGCGAAAGGAGGCCAAAGCCAUGAUGAAGCUGAAACGCCUCAGUACCAUCCACACGGAGGCCAACGGUGCUGUCAUAGAUCGCCUGAAAUCCUCCCAGCUGAAUGCGAGCGUUUGUAAACUGAACGGUGCUGACUUCCAGUUAGCGAGCUACGACGUGCUUCCUGACCCGAAAGACGACAUCAGCCUAUCAGAGGGCAGCACGGUGGACCUGAGGAAGCCUGGAGAGGAAGAGGAUGAGUACUCAGAGAUGGCUGAAGAGGCGAUGGACCCUGACAACUGUUUCCCAGAUACUCUCUCCACCCCCGUUCAGGCUUUUGAGGACAUCUACAUUGAGCAGAGGAGGGUGAUCAAAGUGGUGCUAGAGUACGCCGACAAGAUCUUCACCUACAUUUUCAUCCUGGAGAUGAUGCUCAAGUGGCUCGCCUACGGCUUCAAAAAGUACUUCACCAACUACUGGUGCUGGCUGGAUUUCCUCAUCGUUGAUGUCUCAUUGGUCAGUUUGGUAGCCAACACAUUGGGUUAUUCAGACUUAGCAGCCAUCAAAUCCCUGCGGACGCUGCGGGCCCUGCGGCCCCUCAGAGCCCUCUCCAGAUUUGAAGGCAUGAGGGUGGUGGUCAACGCUCUGAUCGGCGCGAUUCCCUCCAUCAUGAAUGUGCUGCUGGUCUGUCUCAUCUUCUGGCUCAUCUUCAGCAUCAUGGGCGUCAACCUUUUUGCUGGAAAGUUUGGUCGCUGCGUCAACAGCACGGGCCAAGUCUACGACGCUUCUGCAAUCACCAAUAAGUCGCAGUGCGAGACCCACAACGACACCUCGACGCACUACUGGAGCAAAGUCAAGGUCAACUUUGACAACGUGGGUGCCGGGUACCUGGCCCUGCUACAAGUGGCAACGUUCAAAGGCUGGAUGGAUAUCAUGUACGCAGCGGUGGACUCGAGAGCUGUGGAGGAGCAGCCUAUCAAGGAGAUCAAUCUAUACAUGUACCUGUACUUUGUCAUCUUCAUCAUCUUCGGCUCCUUCUUCACCCUCAACCUGUUCAUCGGUGUCAUCAUCGACAACUUCAACCAGCAGAAGCGAAAGUUAGGAGGACAGGACAUCUUCAUGACCGAGGAGCAGAAGAAGUAUUACAACGCCAUGAAGAAACUCGGCUCCAAAAAACCUCAGAAGCCCAUUCCCAGACCGAUGAACGCUCUGCAGGGCUUCUUCUUCGACCUGGUUGGGAAGCAAGCGUUCGACAUCAUCAUCAUGGUGCUGAUCCUCUUCAACAUGAUCACCAUGAUGGUGGAGACGGACGAGCAGCCGCCUCAGAUGGAGAAGAUCCUGAACAACAUCAACCUGGCCUUCAUCAUCAUCUUCACUGCCGAGUGCCUGAUCAAGAUCAUGGCGCUGCGAUGCUACUUCUUCACCGUUGGCUGGAACAUCUUCGACUUCGUGGUGGUCAUUCUCUCCAUCGUGGGGAUCGUGCUUGCUGAUAUCAUUGAAAAGUACUUUGUGUCACCCACACUGUUCAGAGUGAUCCGACUGGCUCGUAUUGGACGAAUUCUGCGCCUCAUCAGAGGCGCUAAAGGAAUCCGGACGUUACUGUUUGCCCUCAUGAUGUCCCUUCCUGCUCUCUUUAACAUUGGACUUCUCCUGUUCCUUGUCAUGUUCAUCUACGCCAUCUUUGGUAUGGCCAACUUUGCCUACGUGAAACGGCAGGGGGGGAUCGAUGACAUGUUUAACUUUGAGACGUUUGGGAACAGCAUGAUCUGCUUGUUUCAGAUCACCACCUCUGCAGGAUGGGACAGCCUUCUCAAUCCCAUUCUCAACAACUCCCCUGAGGAGUGCGAUGCCAACAUCCCCCACACUGGCACCACCGUCAGGGGGAACUGUGGGAACCCAUCAGUUGGCAUCACCUUCUUUGUCACCUACAUUAUCAUCUCCUUUCUGAUUGUGGUAAACAUGUAUAUCGCCAUCAUCCUGGAGAACUUCAGUGUUGCCACUGAGGAAAGCACUGAACCCCUCAGCGAAGACGACUUCGAGAUGUUCUACGAGGUCUGGGAGAAGUUCGACCCGGAGGCCACGCAGUUUAUCGAGUACUCCAAGCUGUCCGACUUUGCUGACUCGCUGCUAGAGCCGCUGCGCAUCGCCAAGCCUAACAAGAUCAAACUGAUCUCCAUGGACCUGCCCAUGGUCAGUGGAGACAAAAUCCACUGCCUGGACAUCCUGUUUGCCUUUACCAAGCGUGUCCUGGGCGAGUCAGGAGAGAUGGAUGCCCUCAAGCAGCAGAUGGAGGAGAAGUUCAUGAUGGCGAACCCGUCCAAGAUCUCUUAUGAACCCAUAACUACAACUUUGAGGCGCAAGCAGGAAGAAGUCUCCGCCACCAUCAUCCAGAGGUGUUACCGCAGACACCUUGUGAGGCGGCAGCUGAAGGCCGCCUCCUACAUGUACCGCCAGAUCACCACACCUCGGCAUGCGGGAGGUGAAGGUGAACAAGGAGGUGAAGUAGUGUUUGGGGAGGAUGCGCCUGAGAAAGAAGGGCUGAUUGCUACCAUGAUGAGAGAAAACUACGGCUCAAGCAUGUUAGGGAUCGAGCGCUCAGAGACGAUUUCCUCCACCUCAUCUCCACCUUCAUAUGACAGCGUAACACGGGCCACAUCCGAGAUCUUUCAACCGCUCGCUGUCAAGACAGAAACUGUUGCCGACACUGCGGGCAGCGAACAAAGUGAACAAUCACAGUCAGAAAUCACCCAUGACAGACAGCAGGAAACGACGCCAUAGCAGGAACAGAAAAGCAAAAAAAUAAGUAACAAAUGAGGAUUUUCUCAUUUGAGGUUGGCCUGUUUAUUCUUUUGUUUACUGAAUGUACCAUAGCUGAGAACGCUGAAGCGGCAGCAGAAAGAAGCUAUGAAGAACUACGAGGAGCCUGCAACAUGGAAGAAUUACUACCUUUAAUGUCAUUUCCUGUUCCCUGGAGAAAGUGUUUUGGGAGUUUCCUGAAAGGAAGCAAAGCAACUGCAAAACAGAGAGGGUAACCCUGUCUGUCAGGUCAACUCUGCCUUUGUUGGAGUAAUAGACAGUAAAGGAAAACCUACUCUUGGGUCAACCAGAACUGGGAGUUUAGAACAAUGACCUUUCACCAAAGCUACAGGUGGUCAGAGGGGGCAGAGCAACUAUAUCACAAAUGUAUCCAUCAUUUUUUGGCCUGGGGAGUUUGUGCCUUCCCACAGUUGAUCAAUAUUCUCAGAGUAUGUUUUGUUGUAAGAGUGACGGCGGUGUUUCUCAACACGUUAAGGGUCGAUGGCGUUCUGACUGACACUCGAGAGAGGAGGGAAAAUAAUGACAACGUGAUUUCAAAACAAUGUUUUCGUAGUAAAAGUACGUUGUUGAUGUUACCAGUCUUUUAAUAGCGGUACAAUUAUUACUAUUUUUUAUAUUUUUUAGAGUAAGUUGAAGAAAACCAGUUAGCGGUCUCUCUUUUGACUUCGGAGUGGCACUAGCUAUGAAAAAGUGGCUGAACUACUAUGUUGUAAUAGAUGAGAGGAGAAGGUGCGGUCAGGAAAAAAAAAAUCUCAACAACCUGAAUCUUCAUCUGUUUUUGUUGGCAGUUUUGCACUUUUUGAGUUUGCACCUGCUCUUGCUUUACCGCACCUGGGCGAAGGCACAGUGUAGAAGAGCCUGGGAUUUCAUUAUUUUUCUUCUCAAAACUUUUUGCGAUAACACCAAAAAAAUGACACAAGUGCACAAUGAGAUUUUCUACACGGUCCCAAACUCUUCUAACACGCAUCUUUGCCCAGUGGUGGACGCCCUCAUACUCGGCAGUUUGUUGGCUUGUGGGUGAUUUGUCUAAAAGUCAUGUUAGAUAUUCCGGCUUCACUUCCCUAUAACAUGAAGCAGAAGAGUCCUAUUUCACUGUCACCACACUGAGUGGGGAGAAAAAUGAAGCUUACUGGCUUUCAUUGAUUAAGGAUGCAUGAUUUAGGAAUAAGUUUUAUGGAAUGCUUUGAAAAACACCUGCCUGGGUGGAAGGAAAAUAAGAGGCUUGUCAACUGUAGUGUUAUUCUCCUAUGCCAAAAAUAGUCAAGACUGCAGGUGAAUUUACUCUUUUUUUAUUAUUCAGUUUAGUAAAAGCAUCAGACUGCUGGUUUAACACCAGCCUAGCACAAAUUCAAAAUAGGUUUAAGCAUGCAGCAAACCACCAGUCUUUGCUUUUUAACAACUGAACAAAGACAUGUAAUAAUAAUAAUGAUGAUGGUAAUAAUAAUAAUAGUCGUAGAUUUUAUAUAGCUUUUUCCUAACAAUGUUACAAAGCGCUUCAUAGAAAGAAUCAAAAAGCAAAAUAAAAACAUCUGAACAAAGAGGUUAAAAAAACCUACAAAAAUGACCACAGGUCAGAAGUAAAAGAUCAAUUCAAAAGGAAGCAAGACAGCAAUAACAAGCGCAGAACACUGAGAUUCAUGCAGGACACCUGUUAGCCUAUUUUAAUGCCAUAAAUGCCUCCUUUCAUUUUUUUUUUCUUUUCCUAACAGCAUUUGAUGUCUCUGUACAAACUGAACAUUGUCAACUUUUAUGACAAAUCACCCGCUGUCAUUCAGCAUCUGUCUGGUCUGAGUUUGGCUCGGCACAAACCGGCUUUAAGGUCCUGGUGGUGUCAGCCAGCUCUGACUACAGAGCGACAAUCAGCUCAGCACAUCUGCAUCAGGAUUUCUCCCCAUUUGGUUUCAUGAAAAGCUAAAAAGGCCACGCUGACUCUCGUGUUUGACCAUCACCAGUGUCCUGGAACAACCUUAUCUUGAAAACUCAAUAGCAAUAUGACAACGUUGAAGAAACCAGAGACUGCACAAAAGGCAAUGAAACUCUGUUACUUUGCCAAAGUUUUAGUAUUUUGUUCCUGACUAGCUGUCAGUGUGACAGAAGUAUGAAUACUCUUGGUACUGUCAAUGAAUAACGCAAGAGGUCACACGCCUCCCUGCGGAGAUACAUUUCAUGUAAAUGAGGCUCAGUAAUUCACACACAUUUUGCUUCCCAUUAACCAAAUUUUAUCGGAAUUUGGUUGCAAUUCAGUCAGAGAUCCAGAAGGGGGCGCUGGCAAGACUGUCUUUAGUGAAAAAGGGUGAAUGGAGCUAAACAGCUAAGUUAAUGACUUCCACCUGCUUCUAUUCAAAAACAUCUAUAUUACUUUUCAUAAAUCCAGCAUCAACAGCAUGUCUGAAAUUAAUCAAAACAACACUUAUGUUCGGUUUUUCUCACAGUUAAGCCGGUUUUGCACAUUAAACACUAGCAUGCUGCUAAUGGGUGCUGAUUACUUAAGCAAUUGGGAUGGAACGUCCUCCCGCCAUGGCAGCAGAAACCCCGUCAGAAGUUCCUAUGUGGUGAAGUUGUGAAUCUCUAAUAAUCACAGGAAGAGAUUCUACUACAAUAGAAAUCUGUAAAAAAAUAUAAAUAAAUCGAACUCCACUCAUUGUCUUGAGCCCUUCUACUGAAAAAAACAUGCAAACUUCGGGAAGAAAAAUUUUUCCUCGAAAAUUUUACAUUUUUGUUUUACUGCCCAGUUCACUCUGGAUGAGCUCAACACCGCCCCCUAUGGAGCUAGAAGACCACAGCGCUCUCUGUGGUGCUGGACGUUCAGCUGCCAAAAUAUAUGAACUAUUUACAGCUUCAGAUUAAUCCAUAAACCAUAAAUAACAUCUUUCAUUUUUUUAUCCUAGUUGUUCAAUGAUUAUACAUUUCGGGUUUAUCCAGGACACUGAAAUUUUAUCUCCAAAUGAAGCAUUUCAUUUCAGUGUGAGGAGAUAAAUUGGUGAAUUCUGACUCCUACGCGGAGAAUUUAUAGCUUUAGUUUUUACUGAAAAUAUCAAACAAUUCAAAAUGAACCUUCUGUGGUGAAAUAGGUGUGCCCAUUUUUCUAGGUGCAGAUUUUAUAUUCAGCACAUUGAAGACUUUGCUGAUGUCAUUUUUUUUCCCCCAAUGAUUGAAAAAUCAACUCUUCAAAACCAAAACACUGCUUCAUUUAUUUAUUUAUUUAUUUAUUCAUCUACUUUUUUGGGAAGAUUUUCAGGUCAGUUGCUUUAUUUUUAUUUAUCUUUUUUAUGAUAAUUAUUUUUGCAUUUUGGCUGGAGGAGGAGAGGAGGUCGAGCGAGACGGCUCUUUAUCUAUUUUGCACAGAGAAACAAAAAAAAAAAACCUAACAAAACAAACACAAACCGCGUCAAGCAAUAACGGUUUGCAGAUACCUUUUAACUGACUUCUUGAGUAACGCUUGACUUCACAGAUGCUUUUUCUCACUGUAUGUGUCUGUGGAUUAAAGGGAAAAAUCCCACACUAACACUUUGAGCAUUUGGUGGAAUCUGAUUAGCCGGAUGCAGCACUGAUGGCGUUACUGUGGACUUACAGACACACGGGUCCAUACAGUGGCACAAAGCCGACGUGAAGCAGCGUUACCGCUUGUUUUUAUUAAGACGAAGUGUCAAAGUGUGCGUGUACAGCAUUUGUUCAGUCUGCUUCAAUAUUUCAAACAACCUCUCUCUCUGUCUCUGUCGUUGUGGUCACCCGAGGGAUCUUUACUAAACGCUUUCCUAGACUAAUUUUAAAAAGGAAAAAAAGUAGAAAAAAAUUUUACUGGCACCGUCUGGACUCUAUUUCUACUAGAUUCUAUUGAGAAUAGAUAACGAUAUAAACUAGGUAAAUACUAAUACACUGCUGAACUGUGCUGCGAGGCGUAUUUAAUAAUAAUAAUAAUAUUUCAGGUUGCAGUUGUGCUGAAGGGCUGUUUUCAGUAGCAAUAGACCCAGAGUGUGCCUGCUACACAUGAACCCCAUCACUCCAAGCCAUGCUUUACCAUUGGUUGAUUGAUAAUAUGCUUGACUGAUUGAUGAGCCAGUUGAUUUUUCUGAUUGGUUUCAUGUUUGGUUGGUUGAUGAAUUGAUUCUUAUGGUUUUUGAUCAUUAACACAGUCUCCACAGUCCCCUCCCCUCCAUCACUGCUGUGACUCUUCCUCAUAACUUAUCGAACAAAUAGCACAGAGAGCUAACAGGCUGACGUCACUUUUAACUGUCAAAAAGGUCCAGAUUCACUAAUGUCUGCAGGGAAAAGCGUGCAGUGUUGUCAGCAGAGCACAUGCUGGUAUGUAAUUCCAUACUGAGAUGUUAAAAUGGAGACAGCUGAAUAAGAAAACAUCCAGCUGUUUAAUUCCCAUAAACUGCAUAUAAAAGAUGAACAUGAACUCCCUUACUGGCUUGCCAAGUCUCAUUUUUCAAGUUUCAAGCAGGAAGGCUUGUCCAUCUUAAGUUUUUGAAAUGUCUUGAGGCAGGCAAGCAGGAUUAGGCCCUCACUAACCUGUAUGCUGAUCUGACUGUUUCACUCUAAUAGGGCCACAGUUUUCUAAAUGUUGUGUUCAAUAAGCGAGUGAGAGAAAUAAAUUCAUCAGGAAACUUUUAAGCAGUUUAAGUUGCCGCACCCUGUGAUUGCUUUGGUUGCUCAUAUUUUGCAUGAAAUACGUCCACUAACACUUGCCAACUACUCACAAGCAGUAAUGAAACCAAGACUGUGGGAACUUGUGGCCAUCUUGGUAAAUGGCCUGUAUUUGUAUAGCGCUUUACUAGUCCCUAAGGACCUCA